UCUUCUACGUACAUGAAAGAGCAACUAGCUUAUAGAUAUACUUAAAAUGAGGAGUUCUAUAAAGCAGCUAUUCCUGGCAUUAGCUAUAGCUGUGGCUACUAUAGUUUGUGUUACUUAUAAGUUUGGUAACACUAGAGCUACAUCCGUAUUAAACAAUCAAGAGAACACUAUUGAUCAAGUUUAUCUUCACUCGAAUCUCACAACUACAACAACGCCUAAUGUUCUCCAGAUACAACCUCUCGUAAGAUUAUCACUCGAGGAGAGCAUUUCUGAAGACAUGAAGAGAUGCAGUUUAGCAAUGGGAAUAUCACCAAAUGUACUGGAGCAAAAUAAACACAACAUUGCAAGUAUCGCUAAAAAGGCUGCUGUCUCCUUGGAAACAUUUUGGGAGAUUGUACCAAAACCUAAAGACUACCUCUCCGACUACAAGAACCCAUGUUGGUACUCCAAUGUUACAAUAAGUACAAACGUUUCAAAGUUUCUAAAGGCAAAGUUCCCAGCUUACCACAAUAAUACUAUUCCUCAAUCUGAUGUACUAUGGCUACAUAAGGAGCUCUUUGAGACUCAAACACAAGGAAAUCAAACACUCCAGUGUCUACCUUAUUUUUUACUUCCCGGUGUACUAAAGAGUGGAACGACAACCCUUCACUCAGCCUUGUCCCAGCAUCCUCAGAUCAUGAAGCCGGAAAACAAGGAGCCUCAAUGGUGGUACAAACUACCAGUUUCCCCACCGGCUAGCAAGAAAUAUAUGGAAGUCUUUGUUGCACGAUAUCUAUCAGCUUAUCUGUCUCCAUCCUCAAAGAUUAAUAGCAGAAAAGACGGUAGUUCUCUUAUAACAUACGAUGCUUCACAGACCAUGAUGGUUAAUGUCCACGAUUCAGGUUUCCAUAUUAAUCACGAGGACUAUUGUGCUUUUCCAGCGGUGAUAUCCAGGGUACUACCCCAAGCAAAGAUUAUCGUGCUAAUGCGAGAUCCCGUACCUAGAGCAUAUUCACAUUAUCUUUACCUGAGUAAUAAGUGGCCUCUUGAGAAAAAACGGGAUCCAGCACUUUACUUUGAAAAACACAUUCAAAAAGCUGUAAACAAGUUUCAACAAUGCGUUAGGAACAUAUCAAUCUAUGAGUGUGUCAAUAAAGUUCGGACUGACUAUAAGGAAUUAAGUGUGUGGCUGGGCAGUGGAGUUUACUACAUACACAUUCAGAAGUGGAUGCAAUUUUGGCCAAAAGAACAAUUUAUUUUGCUAAAAACUGAAGAAAUGGUACUGCAACCUGUUUCUACACUAAGGAAGAUCACAGACUUUUUUUCGCUGGAUCCAUUUUCAGAAAAGACAGCUGUCAGUGCAAUGACUGCAAGAAAGAACGUUAACAAGAGCAAUCAUAAACAAAUGUUGCCUUCGACAAAAAAACUGCUUCAAUCAUUUUACCAACCUUUCAAUAAGAAACUAGAGGAACUGUUUGGAAUAAAUUGGAAGUAUGUAUACGACCACUGAACAUUCUGCAUGUCGUUAUUAAUAUACCAUAUUGCAUUACUUGCAAUGUCACAGUGACAUCUUCCGUUCGGUUUUUAUGCC